AUGUCAAUUGUGAAGUCUUCGAAAGGAUACGAUAAACUUUUGCUCGAGGGUUAUUCUUAUCGUCGUGCAAAUAAAUCACAAAGAAUCUGGCGCUGCUCGAGAAACGAUUGUGCUGGUCGUGUUACUUUUGAUGGUGAUCAAUAUAAUAGAAUAACAGAAGAUGUACAUGCACCCAACCCGGAAGCAACUAUAUCAGCUGAAUUUAAAUCAAAAAUUACAACCAGUGCAACAACAUCUCAUGAUCCUCCACGUCGUAUAAUUUAUGAAGUACUGCAAAAUGUUGAUAAAAAUGAUGAUGCAGCUGUGCCAACAUAUCAUUCAUCGCAAAGAAUGAUUGAACGUGAAAGAAAAAGAAAUGACAUACCUUUACCACGACCACUAACAUAUGAUGAAAUCGUAAUUCCUGAUGAACUACAAAUAACUAAUGGUGGUGCACGUUUUCUAUUGUACGACAAUCAAGAUCCUAAUAGACGUUUAAUAAUAUUAUCUUCUGAUGAUGAUCUUGAUCUUUUAUUCAACAGGGAGCAUUGGAACAACGAUGGCACCUUUAAGGCAUGCUAA